CAAGCAUGACAGCUGGAUAAACUUGUCUAAAUAAAAUGUCUAUAGUUUUUACUUUUGCCAUUUAAUGUAUCACAACUUGCCUACUCAUAGGCCUAGUAUACUUGCAAUAUUCGCUCGGCAAAAGGCAGUCAAAGCAUGCACAGUCUUUGUAGCAGAGACACAUGCAAGCAUACUAGUUUCAUUAUACAAGCAGUCCCAUCUCUCAGCAUCAUUCAUCUCCACAGCAUCUUCAUCAGCCAACACUCCAAAGCAGACAGUUGCAAAUUUGCAAAUCCCAGUCUUUGCUCCUCUCUUCUCUCCAAGCAAAUGUUCUCUUCAAGUCAUUAUCGCAACACUUAUCCGGCUUUCCUUUCCUCCGGACUCAGACACUUGAAUCGCGUGAUGUUGCUCACAAACGCAUGCAAGCUGCACAAAACAGAUUUCUCAACCAAAACCUGCAUCAUCCGACUCGCCGCUCUGGCAAGCCCGCAAAUAGACGCCUCAAAUGUUUCAUCAGGAUGGAGUGUGACGCAAAAAAAAAGGCAAAAUGCUCCCAUUGUAGAGCUCACUUUUGCGUCCUCUUGUGUCGUAUCUCAUGUUUUUUUCCCCCUCAUAUGCCUCUACCAGGAUAUCCCAACCGUCGUUAGUGACCCAUACUACAUGUAUACGACACAGCCACCUGGUGUUAGUGAUGUAGAUCAACUGCUUGCUCUGGCUUGCCCGUAAAGUUUUAGAUGAUGGC